AUGGACUACUCGCGCCUCAGAAGGGACGAAGACGAGGAGUUCGUCUACGACAAAACAAGACCGCCCACCCAACCACAAGCCAGUGGUUAUCGCUCAAACGCGACUCUCCUCUCCAGCCUGGCCCUCACCAUCUCCAUAAUAACCGGCAUCUUCACCUUGAUAGCGUAUACAAACGGCCAACGCGGUCGCACCCCCCAAUCACCAGAAACCCUCUUCCGCUGCGGCACCUCCGCCGCCGAAGCCAAAGCAGCAGGAUGCCAUUUCGACCUGAUGUCCUUCUCCUGGCUCCCGUCCGCCUGCUACAACGAGGACCUGACGAACGACUUCCUCAACUACACAGACUGGAAAUGGUCGCUCGACAUCGAGGGGAGCCACCUCGUUCCGAAGGAGAAUGUCCAGCAGGGGGACUUUGAGUAUCUCUUCACAAGCUACGAGUAUCAUGUCGUGCACUGCGUGUUUAUGUGGAAGAAGACGCACCAGGCGAUUCUGGACGGCACCUUUGAUCACCUUGAUGGGUAUAUUGCAGGACUGGGACAUACAGGGCACUGUGGGGAGAUGUUGCUUGAUCGGACGACAGACUUGCAGGCCUGGGGAACGCCAGGGUGGACGAAGUUUCCAGCGUGUGGGAAGGGAGUGCUUAACCUGGAGCAUGGGUGGUAUCGGAUGCAUAAUGGGGAGAAGGCGUGGGGGAUGCCGGGUGCUGGGGGGCAUCAUCACUGA